AUGGCCGACGGAUUGAAGAUGGGAAACCUUUCCCUUAACGAAUCUCAGCAUGCGCCCGCUGCCCCCAACACUGGCCGUGCUGCCUACAUCCCCCCUCAUCUUCGCCAGCGUCAGAUGGGCGCGAGCGCGAACAUGGACGGUGCUGCCCCUCCCCCAGGCCCUGCUCCUAACUCCUGGGGCCCGAGAGGUGGUGGCCCUCGUGGCAACAACUACAACGCCAACGCCCCUGAUUUCAGCCCCCGCGGUCCCAAUGGUAACACAAGCUGGACACCCCAAGAAGGUCAUCGCCGUGUCUUUAAUCCAGAUGCUUACGGAAACCCAGGUCCCGGAGGUUCUUACGGAGGAGGUGGUGGUGGUGGUGCUGCCAGAGGCUCUGGAGAUGGCCAGUGGCGCGACGGCAAGCACAUCCCUGGACCCGCCAAUGCCCGUGUGGAACGUGAGCUUUUCGGUCUCCCCAACGAUCCCUCCAAGCAAAACACCGGUAUCAACUUCGCCAACUACGAUGACAUCCCGGUCGAGGCCUCCGGCCACAACGUCCCCGAGCCCGUCAAUGCUUUCACCAACCCGCCCUUAGACGACCACCUGAUUGCCAACAUCACGCUCGCUCACUACCAGGUCCCGACCCCGGUGCAGAAGUACUCCAUUCCCAUUGUCAUGAACGGUCGCGAUCUCAUGGCUUGUGCCCAGACCGGUUCCGGAAAGACCGGUGGUUUCCUCUUCCCCAUCCUGUCCCAGGCUUUCCAGAACGGUCCCUCGGCCACCCCUGCUCAGGCGCCCGGUCAGUUCAGCUACGGCCGUCAGCGCAAGGCCUACCCGACCUCCCUCAUCCUUGCCCCCACUCGUGAGCUUGUGUCUCAGAUCUUUGACGAGGCCCGCAAGUUUGCCUACCGCUCUUGGGUCCGCCCUUGCGUGGUCUACGGUGGUGCUGAUAUCGGCUCUCAGCUGCGUCAGAUCGAGCGUGGCUGCGAUCUUUUGGUUGCUACCCCCGGUCGUCUCGUCGAUCUGAUCGAGCGUGGCCGUAUCUCGCUGGUCAAUAUCAAGUACCUGAUUCUGGACGAAGCCGAUCGUAUGCUGGACAUGGGUUUCGAGCCCCAGAUCCGUCGCAUCGUCGAGGGUGAGGACAUGCCCCACGUGAAUGACCGCCAGACCCUCAUGUUUUCGGCCACCUUCCCCCGCGACAUCCAGAUGCUGGCCCGUGACUUCUUGAAGGACUACGUUUUCUUGUCCGUCGGUCGUGUGGGUUCCACCUCUGAGAACAUCACCCAGAAGGUCGAGUACGUGGAAGACCAUGACAAGCGCUCGGUGCUCCUCGACAUCCUCCACACCCACGGCACCAGCGGCCUGACCCUGAUCUUCGUCGAGACCAAGCGUAUGGCCGACUCGCUCUCGGACUUCCUCCUCAACCAGCGCUUCCCCGCCACCGCCAUCCACGGUGACCGCACCCAGCGUGAGCGUGAGCGUGCUCUGGAGAUGUUCCGUUCGGGCCGCUGCCCCAUCCUGGUGGCUACUGCCGUCGCUGCUCGUGGUCUCGAUAUCCCCAACGUCACCCACGUCAUCAACUACGACCUGCCCACCGACAUCGACGACUACGUCCACCGUAUCGGUCGUACCGGUCGUGCCGGUAACACCGGUAUCGCCACCGCUUUCUUCAACCGUGGCAACCGCGGUGUCGUCCGUGACCUGAUCGACCUUCUGAAGGAGGCUCACCAGGAGGUUCCCUCCUUCCUGGAGUCCAUUGCUCGCGAGGGCAGCGGAUAUGGCGGUCGUGGCGGUCGUGGAGGCCGUGGCCGUGGAGCCAAUGCCACCCGUGACAUGCGUCGCCUGGGCGGAAACAUGGGCGGCGGUCCUCCUUCGUUCGGCGGCAGCAGCUACGGUGCCCCCGGCGGCAGCUACGGCGGCGGCGGCGGCGGUGGCUUCGGCGGUCCCCCCUCGUACGGCGGUGGCAGCUACGGCUACGGCGGCGGUGGCGGCGGUGGCUACGGAAACCCUUCGGGCCCUACCGGACCUUCCUCGUGGUGGUAA